GCUGCGGCUGCGGAGACCAGCUCCAGCGUCGCCGCCUCCGGCCCCAACCUGGGAGCCCGGCGCGAGGCGGAGACACCUCGCCGGUCCCGCGGGGCCGGGCCGCGGGGGCUCCGCCCAGCUCCGCCGCUGUCCCGAGGGCUCUGCAGACAAACCCGGGCCCGGCGGCUCCCGCAGGCGGCCGGCCGAUCAGCUGGAGAUGCUGCCUGCAGGGGAGCCCUGAGCAGGUGCUGCUGCUCAUCUAACAUGGCAAUGUCCCUGGGUGCCAGCCAAGCCCUCCAUGAAACAUUGGGGUUGCCAUCCCAGGAGCAGCCAGAGUGCCGUGCUGUGUCCUGCUGGGAGGACUUUGUUUAUGGGGAAGAGGAUUUUGUUCUGUGUGGGGUUGGGUGGUGGAGAAGCAGGUCAGAGGGGCCAGCAAGCCGCACCAUGUCUCGCUUUGACAGAGCUUUGCAGUCCGGUUGGGAGGAGAGGAUGAAGCUGGGUUUGUUCAGGUAUCACCUGGGGGAGCUGCAGACCCGUAUAUUGCCAGGGAAUGUCCGGUUUGUGGCCCAGCUGAACAUCCAGAGAGGUCUGGAGAGAAGGAAACCACAGGACAUCCAGAGUGUCAGGCAGAAAUUCGACCCCCAGCAAUUCCACUUCAAUAAGAUCAAACCAGGGGAAAUCCUCUUCCAUAUGGUCAGGGCCCCAACUCCCCACCCUCCCAGCAGGGAGUGCUCUCAGUUCCAAGGGGGCCCGCUGGAGUCGAAACUCCUAGGGAUACCUGACUGCAUCCUAGUGGUGAUUAAUGUCAGCCCCUUGGAGUUUGGACAUGUGCUCUUUAUUCCAGACCCCGCGCUCUGCCUGCCUCAGAUUCUCACCCAGGAGCUGCUCCAGUUUGGGCUGGAGUCGGUUCUUCUCAGUGCCCACCCAGGCUUCCGCGUUGGGUUUAACAGCCUGGGAGCCUUCGCCUCGGUCAACCACUUGCACCUACAUGGGUUUUACCUGGAUUGGGAGCUCCUGAUUGAGACUGCCCCAGGCGAACCCCUAUGCCCUACACUCAACUUCCACUUCCUACGGGAGGUCCCAGCCCCAGGGUUCCUGUUCUACAGUGAAGGGGAGGGCUUGGGGGCCCUUGCGCACAAUGUCUGCCGAGUCACUGACUACCUGGUGGAUAAAGAGAUUGCACACAACGUGUUUGUGACUCGGGGAACUGCUCCUGGGGAGCCAUCCCACUCGGAGACCCGCUCUGGAAUCCGGGUGCUCAUCUGGGCCAGGAGGUCCUGCUUUGGGUCCAAAGGGGAAGCUGCAUUUAAUGUGGCACUUUGUGAGCUGGCUGGGCACUUGCCCAUCAAAACUGCCGAGGACUUCCAGAGCCUUACGGAGACGGCAGCCAUUCAUAUCAUCCAGAGAUACCUCCUCCCUGAGCCACAGCUGUCACAGCUCCGAGGCCAGCUGGUGACACUUCUCACAGAGUAACCACAUGGGCUCUGCAUUGCACACGGCGUCGCACUUUCUGGGGUCAAGUCUCACUCUUGCGUAUUUUGUAACUGCUGUAGAAUCGUUCAUUGGGGCAGUCGGGGAGCAGGGAGUGACUGGAUUUGCCUCCUGGAUCCAGCAUGGAGGCAACCUUGCUGUUUGAACCACUGUCCCCACGGGCACUGCAGACUGGACCCUCUGGGACACCGACUGGCCUGUUGUACCAUCAUUGGCAACAAAUGAAGGAAGAUGGUGGGCUUUGUCCUUAACCUCACUUGCCCCAUGUGUGUUUAGGUGGGGCUCUGCGGUGUGCUGGGAGUGGGAGAUAAAGCAGGAGUGUGACCCCCAAGUUCCUAAUCUAGUUAAUGAUUGAACUGUUGGCUUGUUUCUGGUGAAUCAGCCAAUAAACCCCCACCUUUGGAAAUGCCGCAGCAUCAUGCAGCUUCCUGUCCACUCUCUUUCCAAUAGCACAUGGUAAAGGGGCAGUUUGAUCAGAAUGUGCCUGCGUCCCAGUGACCUCUUUCUAUUCCGCAGAGCAGCUCCCAGCAUGAACCAGUCAUAGCUUAUCACUUUAUUCCAGUGUUAGAUGCCACUAUGACAGGCACCCUGAAAGCACCAUAGAUAGGUAGCCCUGCAGGGCCCCCCAGCUCAGAGGGAUGGGGGUUGAGUCUACCCUAACCUUGCAGAGACCCCAGUUUGGGUACAGGAGGCUACGCUGGCUUGUACAUCAUCCACAGAACUGGCAGCUAAUCUGACUGCAGAAUCUUUAUGACAGAAAUUAGUUCAAGGGAAUCCAUGCUAGCGCUCAGGGCCCCAGGGAAUGUGGGGCAAGCAGCUGGUAGAAUCAGCCUUUCACUUGGAAGCUAAGGCCUGGUCUACACGCAUAGUUAGGUUGUAGCAAGGCAGCUUAUGUCCACCGAGCUCUGUCAAAGUCUACACUACAGCCGUUCUCCCACCGAUGUGAGUCGCCAAGUACACCGACCUAAUAACUCCACCUCCAUGAGGUGCACUGCUUCAGUCAAUGCAGUUAGGUUGAUGCAGUGUUUGUGUAGACACUCCACUGCUUACAUCAGACUGUUCUGGCUGUCAGUCCUGGGUGGCAGGGCUCAGGCUGUUGGUCCCCCAGGCGAUGGGGCUCAGGAUAUCAGUGCCCCACCGACAUUUAAAUUGGUGCAAGCGCUCCUGGUGAGGA